GUUGAUCACAAAAGAGAGCGGUUGCCCGACCAACCCCACGGCGGGCCCCGCCACGACGCAACCACCACACCGCCGCCCCCCGCGUGACGCCAAACCCUGCUGACGUGGCCGAAUUCUGACCUUUUGCUCCCUCACACCCCUGCAUUUUCAGAAAAUUACAGCCCACCUCCCCCCAUAAACGCCCAUCAAUGGCGUACUGAACCAGCUCAUGCACAUUACAAUUUAUACACUCGCAAUCGCAAUCAUAGCAACCUAAAAAAAAAUGGGGUGUUUUUUUCAAAAUACCCAAAUGAAUAUACUGAUUAUUCAGUGUGCCCUUGUGUACAGAUGCGAGAUCCCAUCAGCCGUCAUAUAGAAAAUCUUUUAAUUAAGGAAAAAAUUCUAACUUUAUUUGUUUAUUUAUUUAUACUGUGCAAGUAUUUUAUGAUUGGAUUUGGUCUCGUCUCGAUGAUGAUUGUGCGGAAAAAUCUGGGGUCAGCUUAGGAUCGACGCCAUUGUUGGAAUCUGUGUCGAGAUCAGCAGUCAAAAAGCGUGCAACUUUUUUUCGUUUAAUGUCCGAAGUCAACGGGUCGUCUGGGUGGAGGGGGGAGUUCAUGGACGACGAGGAAGUCGUCGGAAAAGCUAAUAAUGGGUACAGCUACAGCCCUCCCCUCGACGCCGUGGGCGGAAGAGCUGCGGCGGCGGACUGGAGGUUUCAGGCGGCGGAGUUCGCCAAAGGGGCGGCUGAGAUGAGCGUGGAGUUUGGGAAGGGCGUGAGGGAUGUGGUGAGGCAGAGUAUAUUGAGGGACGAUUCGGUAAUUGUGAGGAAGUUCAAGGGCCCCUGCGUGAAGAUUUUGGGGAAAUUGAGGUUUCUGAAUGAGUAUCUGCCGGAGGACCGUGAUCCGGCUCAGGCUUGGGCUGUAAUUGCUUCUGUCUGGAUUUUAGUUCUAGCAGAGAAAGCAAAUUUUGCAGUUUUAAUAGUGAAUAUUAGUCAGCCCGUAACAAAUCCAUUGGUUCGAAAGAUGAAGGUGCAUCCUACUAGUGCUAGCCUUAUAUUGCUUCCAGAUGGAAGAAGAUUAGCUUAUCAAGAGCAAGGUGUGUCGCCCGAACAAGCGAGAUAUUCAAUUGUUGUUCCCCAUUCUUUUCUUUCUUCCCGUCUAGCAGGGAUACCUGGCUUGAAAGAUACUUUACUACAAAGCUUUGGUGUUCGAUUCGUGACUUAUGAUCUACCGGGUUUUGGAGAAAGUGAUGCUCAUCCUCAUAGGGACCUCGAGUCUUCGGCUUUGGAUAUGUUACAUUUGUCGUAUGCUGUGAAUAUUACAGACAAGUUUUGGGUUUUGGGAUAUGCAGAAGGAAGCAAACAUGCUUGGGCUGCCCUUCAUUACAUUCCUGAUAGAAUUGCCGGUGCUAUAAUGUUUGCACCAAUGGUGAAUCCGUAUGAACCGAGAUUGACUAAAGAAGAGAGACGAAGAAUCUGGGGGACUUGGACAGUAAAGAGAAAGCUGAUGUACUUUUUAGCUCGGAAGUUUCACAGAUUACUUCCAUAUUUCUAUAGGAGAAGUUUCCUAUCUGGAAAUCAUGGGCCGGAUAGAGCCAUUGUAGAGACCAGAAUUUUCAAAGACUUUUGGGAGAGAGAUGUCGAAGAAUCUGUUCGGCAAGCGAAUGUGAAACCGUUUGUUGAAGAAGCCAUUCUACAGAUCUCGAAUUGGGGUUUCAGCUUAGCAGAACUCAACAUGCAGAGUAAAAAAAAAGGCAGUAGCAUUCUCGGUUGGCUUAAAUCGGUAUACAGUCCCUCAGAAAAACAACUCGGCGGGUUACUUGGCCCGAUACACAUAUGGCAGGGAGCUGAAGACAGAUUCGUGCCUCCAUCAAUGAGCGAUUUUGUGCAGCGAGUCUUGCCGGAUGUUAUGCUGCAUAAGCUCCCGUACGAGGGCCAUUUCACGUACUUUUACUUUUGCGAUGAAUGCCAUCGGCAGAUAUUUGGCGUAGUUUUUGGGAACCCACAAGGACCUCUUGUACCUAUGGUGGGCCCCACUCCACUUGAAGUAAACGACGAAAGUGAAGAGAAAGCUGAAGUGAUAGUCUCAAGUGAAUGUGAAUGUGAUGCAGCAAAGGAAGAAGAGAAUGUGUCUACUUGCAGCAUGAUAAGUAUGUGAUAUUGAGGGAAGAAAACAAAUGAGAAGUCUAUAGGAAGGAGAAUAGAUAUUUGUGACCUCUAUUCUAGU